AUGAGGCUCUCUUUUGUCCUCCUUGGCUCUCUGCUGGGCCUCGCCUCAGCCGUCACAGACAGCUACCAUGGCCAGUAUGCUGACGACUGUCCCAGUCUGUGUGCUGAUGCCGGUCCCAGUCCGGCCAACUGGACCAACAUCCACCAUCUCCGCAAUCUGGAGAGCUGUGAUCAGACUGUCCUCUUUGGUUUUAAUAUCCAAAACUCUGUCGCCGAUCCAAACACCAUCCUCACCAUCCGCGCCUGCGUGGCCAGCCCAGGCCAGACGUACGAGGCUGCCGCCUCCCCCGAUGUGCCUCAGCAGCAAAGCCAACCCAACCUCGUUGUCGCUGAAAGCUGCGGCGCCAAGGCGGUCAAGACAGCCUUCACUCCCCAAGUUGGCCCUUUGACGCUUAGCAAGGCGUCCGGCGCUGCUCCGCAGUCUGCUCAUGUGGCCGAGGCGGCUCGUCAACUGGCCCUGUUCGUAGACAGGAGCGCCGAGUGCGGCACCACCAUCUUGUUUGCCAAGCACGAGUCUGCCGUCGUGGGCUUGUAUGCUGGUGCACAAAUCACCAAACAUGCGGCGCGGAACUUUGUCGAUUCUUUUGCGGAAAAGCAAACUUCUGCCCUGCAGAUUUGCCAGCCUGCCAGUGCUGCCCUGACGGUUGGAGUGGUUUCUGCUGGCUUCGUUGAUCUGGCAGCGGCCCAAGAUGCCGUCAAAGGCUGGAACAAUGGUCUCUGCCUGGACGGGACCAUUCCUGCUACCGCCGUCAGCAUGGACGUGCUCGUGUCCACCGUGGAUACGAGUUUCAAUGCUCCUACCAAUGCGACUACCAUCUCCCACAACAUGACCGCCAGAGGAGGUCCACGAGCCCUUCUCCCAAGAGAUUGGUGCAGGACAGAGGAGGUCCUUGGGGGUGACAGUUGCCCCUCGCUGGCCAGCCGCUGCGGCAUCUCUGGAGAUGACCUGAACAAAUACAACCCGCAAGCGAACCUGUGCUCGACCCUGAAGCCCAAACAGCACGUGUGCUGCACCGCAGGCACUCUGCCAGACUUUCGCCCUCAGCCCCAACCCGACGGCACCUGCAACACGUAUAAAGUCAACGACAACGAUGGAUGCUGGGACCUGGCAAACGCGCACUACCUGAACCAGCAAGAUAUUGAAGACUUUAACAAGAACACCUGGGGCUGGGCCGGCUGUGCGCGGGGGCUGCAGAGUGGCCAACUCAUCUGCCUCAGCGAGGGAAAGCCUCCUAUGCCCGCGCCGAUCCCGGGAGCCACCUGCGGUCCGCAGGUCCCGGGGACCCAGAAGCCUUCCGACGGAACCGCACUCGCGGAUCUCAAUCCAUGUCCCCUUAAUGCAUGCUGCGAUGUCUGGGGAUUUUGCGGAACAACGGUCGACUUCUGCACCGAGUCUCCCGCGGAUACUGGCGCUCCGGGGACCGCAAAGCCGUUCACCAACGGCUGUAUUUCCAACUGCGGGAUGAAGAUUGUCAACAACGGCAAGGCACCCGAUCAGGUCAAGACCGUCGGCUAUUUCGAGGCGUUUGACCAGCUGAGGGCGUGUCUGCGCAUGAGUGUCACCGAGAUCCCGGCCAACAAGUACUCGCACAUUCACUUUGCGUUUGCCACGGUCACAUCCGAUUUCGACGUGGACAUCUCAAACGUCGAGGACGAAUUUCGCAAAUUCGUGAAGAUGAGAGGCUUUCAAAAGAUUCUCUCCUUUGGCGGAUGGGCGUUUUCCACAGACCCGGGCACGUUCCAGCGCUUCAGAGAUGCCACCAAGCCGGAGCAUCGCUCCACCUUCGUCGAUAACCUGGUGAGCUUCAUGAGCCGUCAAGAUCUGGAUGGCUUCGACUUUGACUGGGAGUAUCCCGGUGCCCCUGAUAUUCCGGACAUCACGCCCGGAAGCCCGGACGAAGGGAGAAAUUACCUUGCUUUCCUGCAGAUGCUCCGGAGCAAGCUGCCUAUCGGGAAAUCCAUUUCCAUCGCGCUGCCGGCUUCUUACUGGUACUUGAAGCAGUAUCCGGUCCAGAACAUUGCAAAAUAUGUGGAUUACUUUAUCUACAUGACGUAUGACCUGCACGGCCAAUGGGAUGUCGACAACAAAUCGGCCAUUCCCGGCUGCCCAGCUGGAAACUGUCUUCGAUCGCACGUCAACAUGACCGAGACGCACGAUGCCAUGGUCAUGAUCACCAAAGCUGGCGUGGAAGCCCGACAGAUAGUCAUUGGCGUCAGCAGUUACGGCAGAAGCUUCCGUAUGAAUGACGCCUCCUGCUCCGGUCCCUUUUGCACCUAUGCUGGAGAUAGGACACACUCCAUGGCCUAUGCCGCGCCGUGUACGGCAACUGGUGGCUACAUCGCCAACGCCGAGCUCAACGACAUCAUCAAGAACCACGGCAACUACUCCAUCGUCAACUCGUACAUUGACACGGAUUCGCAGUCCAAUAUUCUCAUCUACGGUAACCCUGGAGCGGUGGAUUGGGUGGCCUACAUGGACGGCGGUCUCAAGGCCAACCGAAUCAACUGGAUCAAGGGCCUCAACUUUGGCGGUUCGACCGACUGGGCCAUUGACCUCCAAGAUUACUCGAACAAUGAAAACGGCGACGACAGCAACGACGACGGCGUCGGUUCCGAUGAUGAAGCCGGCGACGACACUCCCACCUGCCCCUCCGACAAGAACCCGGGCACCCUGGACGGUCUCGCCGAUCAAGCCGACUCUCUAGACCCAGAUUGUGUCAGCCUCUUUGCGAUGGACAUUCUCUACUCGCAGCUCCUCGACAGUUUGUCUCUGUUCCAGAUCAACUCGCAAGACUACGACGACAAGUUCGGCUGGUACGAGAAGUGGACCAAGGAGCAGAUCCAGCCGCGCAUCGACGAAUUCAUGAACCUCGGCGACGGCAAAGGCCUCCAGUACUUUGACUGCUACUGGGCAUAUACCGGCCGCGCCGAAACGAAAGACUCCUGCCUCGGCAUGCCGCACAUCUGGGACAUGAGCGAGGGAUGGAGCAUUCGCUUCGAUCUCGUCGACAAGCAGGGCUUCUUCGACGCGCUCGCGGCCGAGACGGGCAUCGACGAGUCGUGGGUGACGUUUGGCGACGAGACAUCCGACUACGGGUGUGCGGAUCCGGGCGAUGUACGACCGGGCGCCGGCCACGUGCCCUGCCGGAAGCUCUACCGCAAAAAGCUGAAUUACCCUCAGAAGGCCGCCGACGACGAUAUCCACGUCGGCAAUCCGAAGAAGCUCAUCGAGGCGUCCAUGGGCAAUGUCACGGCUCUGAGAACCUCGCUGCUCUCGUCGUACCUCAGCGUGGGCCUGUCCUUCUACGACGACGGGCCAAACGAUGGCUCGGCCACCGACGCAGUAGUCGCCUACGCCAUGCCCGUCCUGCAACUCGCCGAAUCCAUCAGCAGCAUGAAGGACAUCAAAGACAUUGGCGAAAAGGCCAAGGAAGAAGCAAAGAAGGCCCUCAUCUUCAAGAUCCUCAGCAUCAUCUUCAUGGUUAUCCCCUUUGUCGGCGAGGCCCUCGGCCCCCUCAUCGGCAGCGCAGCAGCAGUCGCUCGCAUUGCGCUUCUCAUCGGCGAAGCGGGCAACGGGGCACUAACGGUGGCGGACAUCAUUGAGGAUCCGUCCUCUGCCCCGUUUGCGAUCCUGGGUUUGAUUGCGGGUGUUGGCGGCGGGACGGGCAGGCUGUCCAAGGGGGAGGCGCUGGGUGAGGCUUCCAAGGCGAGGGGUCUGUUGAAGGCGAGCGAUUUGGCCAAGUUUCCACAGCGAUUUAGGGAUCAGGAUGCUUUGGUGCAAAAGAUUGUAAAGAGUUUGUGUGCGAGGAAGUAG